AUGGAUCACAGGGGAGGAUCACAAGCUCUAAUUUUAUUGACUCUUUGUGCUCUUCUGUAUCAUUCAGCAGCUGCAGAUACAUGGCAUUUGUCAGAAGUAGAAGAGAAAGAGUUGGAGAUACAACUCAAAUCCUUGAACAAGCCUUAUGAUGAGUAUGGGAUCACAUUUGACUGUGUGGAUAUUUACAAACAGCCAGCUUUCGAUCAUCCUUUGCUUAAAAACCAUACACUUCAGAUUAAAUCUACAUCAUUUCCGAAGAGUAUGAACAAUAAUUCAUCCUCAGAAAUCCUAAAGUUGCCAAGACGUUGUCCUCAGGGCACUGUCCCUAUCAGAAGAACUACAAAAGAAGAUUUGAUCAGAGCAAAGCAAAUCCAACAAACCCAACUCAUAGAUCUGAAAGAUACUAAUGUUCCGACUAACGGUUAUUCUGCUGGAGUGACAUUUUCGACGCGGAAUGGGCCAGCAAAGUUCUAUGGAAUAUCAGCUGAUUUGGAUGUUUAUCAUCUUUCCGGUAUAUUGGAUGAUCAAACAAGCGCAACACAAAUCAUUGUCAGUAAAGGAGAAACAGGCCCUAUGGCAUACCACAACGUCUUACAAGCUGGGUUUCAUGUUCAUCACGCAGCCGAGGGAGACAGCUUUACUCACUUCUUCACUUAUUGGACUUCAGAUGGGUAUCAGAAAACUGGUUGCUUCAACUUUCUUUGCCCUGGAUUCGUCCAAACAACUGAAAGGUUGUCUCCAGGCCAAGUUUACACCCUGGACGCCUUGAACCUCAAUAUAUUUAGGGAUCGACGUUCGUUGAACUGGAUGCUGUACAAUGGUGAAGAACCGAUUGGCUACUGGCCGAGGGAGCUCUUCAACAACAUGGCAGAUUCUUCUCAGAUUCAACUGAGCGCAACUGCUAGCUCUCCUAUCGAUAAGCCUAGUCCUCCGACGGGCAAUGGGCAACUUGGUGGAGCAUCUUUUAGGAGGAUCACCGUUAAGAAUGGGCAGUUUAUUCCAUACCCAAAAUCCGUCCGCAAUGCAGUAACAUUCAAUGAUCUCGGCAAACCCUUUUAUAAUGCCGAAUACAAUGGAGAUUGCUGCUUGUUUUACGGUGGCCCGGGAGGAUGGCAGCCACCGGCAUAA